UAUUUCAAUGACCACCUGCUUAUGCAGUUAUAGUUAUUCACUGUCUUUGUUUUGAAGCAUGCAGCCAGUAAAGAUCCCAGAGAAGUUCGAGAAGCUAGAGAUCAUAAGGAACCAAAAGAGGAGAUCAACAAAAACAUUUCUGACUUUGGACGACAGCAGCUUUUACCCCCCUUCCCAUCCCUUCAUCAGUCGCUACCUCAGAACCAAUGCUACAUGGCCACCACAAAAUCACAGACAGCAGCUGCAGUGUCUCGGAAGAAAAAACGAAGAAUGGGGACCUAUAGCCUGGUUCCUAAGAAAAAGACCAAAGUAUUAAAACAGAGGACGGUGAUUGAGAUGUUUAAGAGCAUAACUCAUUCCACUGUGGGUUCCAAGGGGGAGAAGGACCUGGGCGCCAGCAGCCUGCACGUGAAUGGGGAGAGCCUGGAGAUGGACUCAGAUGAGGACGACUCAGAGGAGCUCGAGGAGGACGACGGCCAUGGUGCAGAGCAGGCGGCUGCGUUCCCCACAGAGGACAGCAGGACUUCCAAGGAGAGCAUGUCGGAGGCUGAUCGCGCCCAGAAGAUGGACGGGGAGUCCGAGGAGGAGCAGGAGUCCGUGGACACCGGGGAGGAGGAGGAAGGCGGUGACGAGUCUGACCUGAGUUCGGAAUCCAGCAUCAAGAAGAAAUUUCUCAAGAGGAAAGGAAAGACCGACAGUCCCUGGAUCAAGCCAGCCAGGAAAAGGAGGCGGAGAAGUAGAAAGAAGCCCAGCGGUGGCCCUCG